AUGGCGUCCACGCUCCUGGAGCAGGCGCGCGCGACGCACGAGGAGAACGAGCGGCUGGAGCGGCAGGCGGUGAGGGACCUGCAGCAGAGCCUGUCGUCGCAUCGCGAGAAGCUGUUUCAGAGCCAUCGCAUCAAGAAUGUCGUCGACGCCAUCGUCGCCAACAGCGCGCGCCUGGUACGCCGCGUCGCCCGCCAGCACCGCCGCCCUGCUGCGAAACUUGCUCCUCACACUUACCUCUCCCCCAAACCCCCCUCCUUCCGCCGUUCCCCACCGCCCCCUUCCUCGUCUCCACAAUUCCCCUCUUCGGGAAUCCACGCGGACAGAGUCGAGCGCUCCCACCCUCCUGCUCUCGCUCUUCUAUUUACUUCCUCACUUCUUUCCCCAUUCCCUCCCUUUGCCUUUCCUCCCCUCUCUCCCCCAUCCGCCCCCCUGGGCACACAUGGGCGUGUGGGGCAGGCGGAGAUCUAUGCGGACGCGGACGGGGCGAGGAGGGACGAGAUAGCGGCGCUGGGCGGGCAGGGCACGCCCAACCCCAGCGCCACCGUCUUCACCUCCUUCUAUGAGCGCCUCAAUGAGAUCCGGGAGUACCACAGGCGGCAUCCGGGGGCGAGGGUGGUGGAGGGCGAGGCGGACGUGGACGAGCUCAUUAAGGACGAGCCCUGGGUGCAAUUCAGCGGCGAGGAGGCGAUGGGCAAGCACGUGGACAUGAACGAGGCGCACCAGCAGUUCUGCAACGCCAAGUUCGGCCGCUCCAUGGACUACGCCGCGUUCCUCGACCAGCUGCCCCAGACGCACAAGAUCCCCCGCAACUUCAAAUUCACCAAGGCAUACCGCGCGUACAUGGGGGGCGUGGCGGAGUACCUGGAGUCGUUCUUCCUGCGCACGCACCCGCUGCAGGACCUGCCCACGCUCUACCGCAAGCUAGAGGAGGAUUUCAGGGAUCGGUGGGAGCAGGGGCAGGUGCUGGGGUGGGAGGACCAGGGCCUGGGGUGGGCGGGGGUGCUGCGUGCUGAGGGGGACAGGGGGGAGGGCGAGGAGGAGGACGGAGAGGGCGGAGAGGGGUACGGCAUGAAGCAGGGUGUGGUGGACCUAUCACAGUUUGACACGGUGGACGAGCUGCUGGACGAGGACCUCGUGCCGCCCGCCAAGGUCAAGGAGGCGCUCGGUGCGCUCGGGCUCAAGACGGGGGGCACACCGCGCGAGCGCGCAGAGAGACUGCUCAUGGCCAAGACGACGCGCUUUGAGGCCAUUGACCCGAAGCACUUGGCCAAGUCGUUCGCCCCGCCCAAGAAGAAGGGCGCCAAGGCCGCCAAGGGCAGCGCGGGGGCUGCUGCAGACAGCACCAAUGGCGGCAGUGGCAACGGCAGUGGCGGCGGUGGCAGUGUGGCUCGCGAGGUGGCUCUGGUGGAGGCAAAGGUGCAGCGGCUGUGCGAGCUGCUGGAGGAGGAGGAGGUGGUGGAGGAGGAGGAGGAGGAGAGCGAGGAGGAGGAGGAGGAGAUCUACAACCCGCUGAAGCUGCCCAUGGGGUGGGACGGCAAGCCCAUCCCCUACUGGCUCUACAAGCUGCAUGGGCUCAACCAGGAGUUCAAGUGUGAGAUCUGCGGCAACUACAGCUACUGGGGGCGGCGCGCGUUCGAGCGGCACUUCCGGGAGUUCCGGCACCAACACGGCAUGCGCUGCCUCGGCGUGCCCAACACCAAGGCCUUCCAUGAAGUCACCGUCAUUAAGGACGCGCUAGCCCUAUGGGAGCGCAUGCGGGAGAAGCAGGGCGGCAGCAAGUGGCGGCCGGAGGUGGAGGAGGAGUGUGAGGAUCGCGAGGGCAACGUGUACGACCGCAAGACCUUCCAGGACCUGCGCCGCCAAGGCAUCAUCUA